GGCCCCUCGGGCAGCGGAAAGAGCACCAUCUUCCGGCUUCUUUAUCGCUUCUAUGACCCUUCCUCCGGUCUGAUUCUCAUCGACGGUCAGCCGCUGACGGAUCUGCAACUGAGUAGCGUUCGCAAGGCCAUUGGGGUGAUUCCGCAGGACACAGUUCUCUUUAACGAAACGGUGCGGUACAACAUCCGCUACGGCCGUCUAGACGCGACGGACGAAGAAGUGGAGGAAGCCGCUCGUAUGGCGAACAUCCACGAUAGCAUCAUGAGUAUGAGCCAGCAGUACGAAACACCCGUGGGGGAACGCGGGCUGAAGCUCUCUGGCGGAGAGAAACAACGUAUAGCCAUUGCACGCGUUAUUCUCGACGACCCCCCGAUACUGCUGGCUGACGAGGCAACCUCGGCGUUAGAUUCGGCGACGGAAAUACGUGUGAUGCAGCAGCUGCGCGAGAGGGGUGGGAAAAGGCGCACCAUAAUCCUUAUUGCACACCGUCUCACUACUGUUAAGGACGCCGACAAAAUUUUUGUCUUGGACGGCAAGGGAGGUUUGGCGGAGAGUGGCACUCACGAGGAACUUUUGGGAAAAUGUGGCCUUUACGCUGAGUUAUGGUUCCGACAGUUGCACGCUGCAGGGCCGGGGGAGGAGGAGGAAGAGGAGUUGUAG